CAUGGCUGUGUUAAUGGAAAGUGUUGUAGUAGAUAUCCAUCAUCACCAGAUGGUGGUUCAGAUCUCUGUGGAGAAUUGAGACCUUACAAAAGCAAACACAUUCUUACACAACCGUCAUUGGAGAUAGUUCAUGUUCCAUCUCACAACUUUACUCUGCAGUAUUCAAUUUUAACACAACUUGUUUAUUACCAGGACACAGUUGAAAGGGAACACCAAGAUAGUUUCUGUAUCAAAACACAAAUUCAAGUUAACCCAAAUGUUCAUGUCUUUGGUGUAUUUGAUGGACAUGGUCAAUACGGUGCUCAAUGUUCAAACUUUGUCAAUGAUAUACUUGUAGAAAUAUUAUCCAGUGACUCCACUUUGUUGGAUGAUCCUUUAAAAGCUUAUACUUCAGCAUUUCUAGCAAUAAAUUCUGAGUUACAUGAUAGUGAGAUUGAUGACACUAUGAGUGGUACCACAGCAAUAACUGUCCUUGAUGUUGGGGAUACUCUUUAUGUUGCUAAUGUUGGUGAUUCAAGAGCUGUGAUUGCUGUUAAGAAUGGGAAUCAAAUAUUGGCUGAGGAUUUAUCUGUGGAUCAAACGUCAUUUAGGAAAGAUGAAUAUGAAAGGGUGAAGCUUUGCGGGGCCAGGGUUUUGAGUAUUGACCAAGUUGAAGGCUUUAAAGACCCAAAUAUUCAAAAUUGGGGUGAAGAGGAAAAUGAAGGUGGUGAUCCUCCAAGGUUGUGGAUUCCAAAUGGAAUGUAUCCCGGGACUGCAUUUACAAGAAGUGUAGGAGAUAGUACAGCAGAAAAGAUAGGUGUGAUUGCUGAUCCUGAGAUUUCUGUAAUUAAACUUACACCAAAUCAUCUAUUUUUUGUUGUUGCAAGUGGUGGAGUUUUUGAGUUUCUACCUAGCCGAACUGUUGUCAACAUGGUACGAUAUUCAUGCAAAUCUUUGGAAUUAAUAAAUUGCUAUUACAUUUCCAAUUUGCUUGUAAUACUAUUUAUAUAUCCGUCAUUCAUAUGUUGGCAUUCAAGUGUUUCCUCAUGUGAGAUUUGUUUGCUUUGUAUAUUCACAAGCAACCGCUGA